UUAGUUUUCAUUUAAGAAAAAAAAGAUUGUCUUUAACAAUCGCUUGUCGUUAAAAAUAUUUGCGACACUGUAAAACAGAUCUUUCAAGUCAAGUUGCAAACUCUGGCUUUUCUUGACGGGAUCUCGCUGUGUAACGAUACGUUUGAUGCAUUUUAAAUUGCAAUCGAAAGACUUUUAGAAAUCAGCUUCAAAAGAAAAAAGAAACGCAAAGCUUGAGAUUCGAGAAUUUAGAAUUGCACAGUGUAGAGUGAGAAACAAGCGAGACGAGAAGAAAAUUUCUCGUCUUUGUGAAUCUCUUCGUUCUGUUACACGAUCACCUGCUUCGUUGCUGAUUGUUAAAACUACCGGAACAAAUGAGACGGAGAAGUAUUCCAGAGAUGAGGCGCGAGUAAUUGAAAAUAAAGAGCCGUCUUCUGCAACUGUGGAAUAUCGUCCGUGCAUUACCGCGUCUGAUAAUAAACUUGUACGACGAAAGGCGAGCCGGGCAUGCCAGUGGCAAAUGUGGAAAGGACGUGUCUGCUUUUGACGGUGAUCCACAUAUUGCUGGAUGACAAAGUCACCGAUGCGGACACCUUUACUCUGGGCUAUAUCACAGGGUCGAAACGCAGACCUGGUGAUUUUGAGUAUCAAAGACCAGGUUUUCGCAUCUCUGGCGCCAUUACGCUAGCAGUGGAGGAGGUCAACGCUGGUGAGCUUGGCAGACGGGGACACAAUUUAGAUUUUCUCGUUGCGGAAACAUACGGCGAGGAAGAGGCAUCCAUUUUGAUGACGGCAUAUCUUUGGAGGCAAAACGUCAGCGCGUUCAUCGGUCCACAAGAGACUUGCGUGCACGAAGGGAGGAUGGCAGCCGCGUUCAACAUCCCUAUGAUCUCAUACUUUUGCACUCAUGAUCAAACGUCGAACAAAAAAGAGUUUCCGACAUUCGCCAGAACGAGACCACCCGACACGCAGAUUUCCAAGUCUGUUGUGUCGGUGCUGUUGGCGUUCAAUUGGACCAAAGUCACUUUUAUGUACAUGAACUCGACGAUAUUUGAAUUUAACAAAAUGUCGACAGUCGCAACGACAAUUCUAUCGUCUUUUCAAAAUGCUGGGAUUAGUGUGAAUUUUCUUCGCACCUGGAGCGAACCGUAUUAUGUCACACACAUGAAAAAUCCGUUCGACGAAUACGUCAAAGAAACUUAUCGUGAGACGAGAAUAUACGUAAUACUCGGACAUUGCGAUGAACACAUGGGUCUUCUUAUGGCGCUGGAUAAAAUGAACCUUCUGGAUAAAGGUGAAUAUUUUGUCGUCGGGGUUGAUAUCGAGCAGUACGACGAGAAUCACCCCGAUAAGUAUUUGCGUGGGUUGUGGCAGGAAAAAAUAGACCUGUCCGUUGUGAAUGCCUAUCGCAGUUACUUCAGCAUCGUCGCCUCCGCUCCCAUUAAUUUCAUGAAUUUCACGAGACUGGUGAACGAAUACAGACAGAAACCGCCGUUUAACUUCACGAACCCACUUGCGACCAUCGGCGGAGUGGUUCAGAUCGUGCCGGAGACAGCGUAUCUGUACGAUGCGGUGCAUGUUUAUGAAAAAUCGCUUUUGCGCGCACUUGAUGAAAACAGGGACCCACGCAACGGUCGGGAAAUGGUCUCAACCCUUCACGGUUUGCAUUAUCAAAGUGCCAUGGGUUACAUCGUUUAUUUUGACAACAACCUCGACGCUGAGGGCAAUUACACCUUAAUCGCUCUGGAUAGUCGACCAACGAUAGGACUUUAUCCGAUCGCAUAUUUCGUUGGAAAAGAGCAAACAACAAAUUUACCAAAGCUUCAAUUCACAAGAGAGAUGUUGUUCGUUGGCAAUUCGCCCCCUGUUGCGGAGCCUCCUUGUGGAUAUCACGGUGAAAAAUGUAACUCUUAUACAGGCGAAAUUGUUGGUGGUAUUGUCGGAGCGUCGCUGCUCAUUAUCACAGCGAUCAUUUUGAUACUCUAUAGGAAUUCAAAAUACGAGCAAGAGCUUGACAGUUUGCUUUGGAAAGUGAACUAUAAAGAUGUGCAGAUCAAGGAACAGACAGACGGAUCGGCGGGAGCCAACGAGGCGCCUGCCAAAUGCACCAAAGAGAAGCCAACGCGCGCAACGCAGCCCAUCGUGCGAACCAGCCAGGUAUCGCUAAGUUCGAAUCCUGACGCGGACAGUUUUCGUUACUCGACGAUAUACACGCAAGUUGGCAUUUACAAGGGGCGCAUUUUUGCCGUGAAAAAAGUCCGAAAAAAGUCCAUUGAAAUUACUCGUGAAAUGAAAAAGGAAUUAAAAAUGAUGCGGGACUUAAGACACGACAAUUUGAACGCAUUUAUCGGAGCGUGCACCGAUCCACCUAAUAUUUGCAUAAUUGUCGAAUAUUGUGCACGCGGUAGUCUGAAGGACAUUCUCGAAAACGAAGAUAUCAAACUUGAUAAUAUGUUUAUGGCGUCGCUUGUCGGUGACAUUGUUAGAGGAAUGAUUUAUUUGCACGACUCGGUGAUAAAAUACCACGGAUCUCUGAGCACGUCGAAUUGCUUGGUGGAUUCGCGAUGGGUCGUAAAGUUGGCGGAUUUUGGUCUCCAUGAAUUCAAGAAGGACGCGGAAUGCGAUUCUUCUGACGUCAUAAAAAAAUAUCAUGGAUUGUUAUACAAAGCGCCUGAAUUGCUGCGUUCCGGACUCGGCAAGCCGACAUUUCGCGACUUUCAAAAAGGAGACGUUUACUCAUUCGCUAUAGUUCUAUACGAAUUGCAUGGUCGACACGGGCCUUUCGGCGUCACGGAAUUAUCAGCAGCAGAAUUAUUGAAGAAAGUAAUCGCGAGAGAUGGAACAUCUCCGUUCAGACCUCCAUUGGAACAAUUAGAGAACAUUUUCGAUUUUGUUCGAGAGUGUCUCAUAGAUUGUUGGGCGGAAAAUCCGGAAAUGCGUCCCGAUUUCAAGAUAAUUAGAAACAAGUUAAGACCGCUGCGGAAGGGCAUGAAAGCAAAUAUUUUUGACAACAUGAUGGCGAUGAUGGAAAAAUACGCGAAUAAUUUGGAGGCACUCGUUGACGAGCGUACGAAUCAAUUGACUCAAGAAAAAAAGAAAACCGACGCACUAUUGUACGAAAUGCUGCCGCGAUAUGUGGCCGAACAGCUCAAAAAGGGACACAAGGUUGAGGCUGAAAGUUUCGAUUGCGUUACCAUUUACUUCAGCGACAUUGUCGGCUUCACGGCAAUGUCAGCGGAAAGCACGCCGUUACAAGUGGUCGACUUUCUAAACGAUCUCUACACGUGCUUCGACUCGACAAUAGACAACUAUGACGUCUACAAAGUCGAAACUAUCGGAGACGCUUACAUGGUGGUGAGCGGCCUCCCAAUAAAAAAUGGACAACAACACGCUGCCGAGAUUGCGAGCAUGGCUUUAAGCCUUCUGGACGCCAUUAAGCAAUUUACAAUUCGCCACAGGCCGCUUGACAAGCUGCAACUGCGCAUAGGCAUACAUUCCGGCCCAGUUUGUUCCGGAGUAGUUGGCCGGAAAAUGCCACGAUACUGUUUAUUUGGCGACACAGUCAAUACAGCGAGUCGUUUAGAAUCUACAGGGUUACCGCUGAAAAUUCACUGCAGCAGCGAAACCAAGAAGCUACUGGACGAGCUCGGUGGAUUCAGCCUCGUCGAGCGCGGUUUGGUCUCGAUGAAGGGGAAAGGCGAACGCUUGACGUACUGGCUGGUCGGAGAGGAUCCGAUUUUGCGUAUCAAGCGCAAUAAAGAACGAGCGAGCAAACGAAACGGAGUCAGUAAGAAAUCAAGCGCCGAUCCUCUGGUACCUCGAAGUUCUCUGAAAAACAAGUCCCUCGUCAGAUCGACCUUUAUGAGAUGUUCGAGCGAGUCGCCGAAGCGUUUGCGAUUCGCCAGUUCGGAUCAGCUUGAUCAGAAGAGCUUGAAGGUGAACAACCAACUGGAAUCGAUAGUCGACAAUAGUCCUUGCAAAACGAAGACGUGCGCGAUAAGAUCGUCCUGCAUAGAGAACUGGCGAUCCUCCAGCAACUCUUGUCCCUGCGUGGAGAAGCUCUACGAUCAGGAAAUUCAGCCGAUACUGAUGGAACACGAGCUGCCGUCCGACGUCAAGAAUGUCGCGCCGCUGUUCCGAACCAAUUUGAUCUUCGGCAACGAAUCGUCCCUUCUUCUGCCUGGAAACAAGAGCUUCCGCUUCGGCACACCGGGAAUUCUUCAAAUCACCUGCAGAUCCGCGCCCAGUAGUCCUAAGCACAGCACAACGGUUCUGAACGCGCAGAAGAGAGCGGUGCAGUCGAACGAGGAGAUCGACGGUUGGGACGCUAUGACGCCGUUAAUUUAUUGUCCAGGCAGUCGAUUAGAAUGAAGAGAAGAAGAAAUGGACGUGAAUAUGAAAUUCGAACAUUAUGUAGACAAAUUUUGAAGUUUUAUUGUUUUAUUGUCGAUUAGUGGCUUUCCAAAGUGAGAGCAUCUAGUUUACAUGUGUGAAUCGACUUGUGGUUCAGAUAGUUCUGUGCGGAGACGACAAAGCCCGCACAGAAGGAGCUCGCUGAAGAAUUGCACUUUUUGCAAUGCAUGGAUCGUGAAAGUCUUCUGAAGCAGCGUCUUUGAAUAGCGAUUUUCAAAAUCCAUUUCAAAUUAUAAAUUUUUUUGUUUGUUUGUGUGUCUUGUACUUUGCGAUCGUUAGUUUUUUUUUUUUUUAUUAGAAAACAAUAUAACAUUAACAUGUAGUUAAAAAACUACAUUAAAUCCAAAUCUAUUUAGUUUGCUUCACUUUUAUUUCUUUUUUUUUUUUAUUAAGAAAAAAAGUAUAUAUCAUACACACACAUAUAGCCGGUAUAUACUUACUGUAUUUUUCUUCUAGUUCGCUUCAUUUAACGUACAGCAUGCACCAUCUGGCGGUAGCCACGUGAAAUUAUUCUUGUGGAUGCUGAACAGUAGAGCACAUGUUAUCUGUCGAAUUGUUGCCAAACUAGGCACCAAUAUAUAAAUAUAAUAUAGCACAUAUAUGUAUAUAUAUAUGUAUACGCAUAUGUAAUUCAAGCUUAACUUUCGUCUUUUUUCUCUCUGUAUAUAUUUCCCGACAAAGUUCAAAAAAUGAAAUUUUUUAAGAAAAAAACGUGUGAAGAAAAAGAAAACUAAUAGCGUCUACUAUUAUUUGCUAAAGUGAUUAUUCUUACUAUUUUUUCAAGAUUAUUAACAUUGUUUUGUAAAGAUUGUUACGGAUAAUUUGACAAUCGAUAAUCCUGUAAACGAUACUGCCAGAUUUGUAACCAAUUAAUCGAUCAUUUAUAAGCCUUUACUUAUGUAUUACAUUUUAAUGAGAUUUCACAUUUUUACACGACGUGUUGAACCAAUACAAACACGGCGAUGUUAGAAACUUCGCACACGAGAUGUGUCAACGCAUUUUUAAAAUGUAUUAUUUACAAUUACUGCCACUCUAUAUGCACAUAACAUAUUUGUUAGUGUAAAUAAUCGUAAAAAAGGCUCGUGUUUUUUAAGUAAAAAUUUCUAGUCAACUUAUCAUUUUAAUCCUAUAUGUUCUGUAGUUCCGUAUUCAUGUAACUUGUCCAUGACAUUUUCGUUAUAUUGUCAGGCGUGAAUCGACAAAAAAAAAGGUGAUGUUUUUUAACAUUAAUAACACUACGCUUUGCUUACACACAACGACGAGUUAUUUAAUCAAAAACUGAGCUUAAUUGUAAUUUUUCAAUAUUUUUCAACAAAAUAUAUCAGUUGUUCGGACAAAUUUUUUUUUAUAUGUAAAAAAAGAGGGAAAGAAGAGAAUCUCUUUUCUCAUUCCUUUCUGCAAAAUUCAGCAAGUACACAAUACGUACAUAUAUGUAUCUUACGCGACUUAGUUUAUCCGGACCUUGUAUCUAAGUGCAAUGGCUUCGAACGUAACACGACACACGCGAGCGAUGCGUGAUGGAGAGGCGAUGAUAACACAAACACUCAUACACAGAGAUCUAUCACGUUAUUUUAUUAUUGAGAAAAUUAAUUAAAUGACUGAUGCAAGUUGGCGUGAUUACGAGCGAUUACACUUCUGUUCUCUCUCUUCGUUUUUCACGCAGUACUGGCCGCCUUAAAAAAAAAAAAAAAAAAAAAGAAAAAAGCGACUAAAAUCACGACUAAAAACGCGUCGAGUUAAAUGACAGUCACAUGCACGACGUAAGACACGCUAAAUGAAAAGACUAAUAAAAGAAACCGCGAUGAUUUAAAGUUGUUUACCUCAAUAAAAUUUUCCUGUGACGCUCUUAUAAGCGUGUCUCAUUUCCGAUAAAUCUGUCGCGUCGUUUACACGAAUAUGUAACAUAUCGAGCUGUCUCCGCACACGUGAAUUUAUUGUUUUUUUUUUUUGCGAGCGCGGUGUGCCGCGUCUCGUUGUUUUUAUUACGCUCUUUGACGUCAAACUGUGUUUUAAUAUUGAUUUUUAUUUUAGAUAAAAAAAAAAAAGAAAAACAAGUAGUUUUCCCUUUGUGUGAAAAAAGACGAUGAAAAAAAUGGAUUCAGAAGUAGCAAAUCAGAACGGGCAAAACAAGAAUCUGUAUCACAUUGGUUCUACCUAUGUUUGCCCAAACGUCGCGCUACCAGUGUUGAAUGUAUGUUUUUAUAAUUUGAUAGUACUGCAGCAAAACAAACAUGCAAACGAUAACUCGAUCUUUCCCGCGCGAAACAUUCCUAUAUAUACGCUAUAUAACUUCGCACACUUCAUAGAUAUGUUUAAAAACAUAUGUGUUAUCUUUGCGUUUGUUUUCUCUAAGUCGUAAAUAAAAUAUAACAACAACUUGUGUUUUGCCAGUCUCGUUCUCAAAUCGCGUUUUUUUCGCGCCAUUUCUUCGCAGAUCAUUAUACCAUAACACAUUGAUCUCUCCACGAACGUACAACUUCCUCUGUGGCUCUCACAGAUUCGCUCUAACACAGAGAAAGAAAUCUCUCUCUCAUACCUUUUCAUUAUAUUCUACAAAUAUCGCUACACGCUUAAAAAUGUAACAUGUUUUAGUUCGAGAUAACAUUUUUUUUGCUUCGGUUCGUACGCUUCGCGAAAACGCGACGCCGACAUGACGACAGAAGCGAGUACACUCGUCUUCUGCCUACGUGUGAAUGAGACGUGCAAAUACAAAACUGACUCCUGAAUUUAUUGCACGAGUGAGUGCGCGAAUUUGAUCGGAACGAUCGUAAUCGAUAUUGAAAAUAAAAAAACUAUACAAUAUCAAG